AUGAGAUCGCUACUUCUAGUGUUUGUAUCCUGCGUCAUAUCAGCUUUAAGUUCACCAGUUCCUCAGUCAACCAAGAGGUAUGAUGCCGUCGUAGCCUUGAGGCUCUCCCCAGCGAUCAGCUAUGAACAAGUUAGAGACGAAUUCGGUCAAUAUGCUGUGAGGUUUAUCACCGCUGAGAAUACCGUAGUAUCUGAACGUGGAAGACUAGUGCCUACCCGUGAUCACGGUUAUGUUAUGGAGAUAGAAGGGAAAUACAGUUACAUCGGUGAUGAUGGAAAGCUCUAUGUGACUGAAUACAUAGCCGGAGUCGACGGCUUCAAGGUUAAAGCUAAUCAUUUACCAAAACAAGUACCAGCUGCACGUAUACCUAGAAUAAAAUGA